AUAAGUCAAACCUGUUUAGUAGAGAAGGCAAAGCAUAUUUUAGAGGUUGAAAACCGUAGUUCGUACGUGGAUGAGACAGACCAGUAUUCAAGGUGUCGUGUAGGGUAGUAGUGAAUGUUGGUGUGUAGGUUAGCAACAUUGGAUAAAAAUAAUAUGCCAUGUUCAAUUUGCGAUUGGUCUAGCUGUAAAAGAAUGUAAUGGUACAUGUUGGAUAAGCGCAUGAUGCGAUAGGUUGCAAACAGUGGUUUGAAAUGUCAGCUGUAACGCAGGCAGCAAUUGCUCUAAGCGAAUUCUUCUGCAUAACUAAGAGCUUCAUGAUGUUUCUUUCACCGCACUUCUCACAUAGGUAUGCGAUGUCCUUUCUUUUCUUUUUCAUCGGUGCCGAAAAUGAACCGCUCGAGAUCGACAUGGUCUCGUCCUGGCCGCAUCUGCCGAGCAAGGACGAUGCUGGUCUUUCGUGCAUCAUCGGAUCAUGCAUCAGGGCAGCACGGUGGUCUACUGUACGAGUCAGGCUGGCAAGCGGGCCGCUGUCUUGCUGCCUGCACUGCGGACCUGGUAGCCAGGCCUUCGAGUACGAUGGUGUCUGGAAGCCCGCCCUGCUGACCUGGUGGCCAGCUGCUUGAGCAGCCUGGUGUCCUGAUGCCAGCCCUGUGGAUCUACUCACCAGCUGAUCCAACGACGUGGUACCUCGGUGCCCGCCCUGCUGGCCUGGUGUCCAGCUAGUCUAGCUGCAUGAUGUCUUGCUGCGCACCCUGUAGACUUGGUGGCCAGCUGUUCUGGUCGCCUCCUACGCUGCUGAUCAGAAGAACACGCGUGCGCUAAGAAAUCACAGGUGGCGAAACUUAUUUUCUAUCACAAUUUCUUCAUCAAAAAGA